UCAUCCCCCCCCCUUCGGCCCCCCCCGGGGUCCCCGCUUCCCCGCCCCCGCCACCGUUACCGCCUUCCCCCCCUUGCGCGUUGCGGUGGAAGCGGGGCGGGGGGGCGGCCCGGUGGGGAAGGGUUUUAUUUUUUUUCUUCUUUCUUUUCUUUUUCUUUUAUGUAUUUUUUUGUUUUCCCCCCCGGCAUGGCCCCGGUGUGGUGGUUGUUGGGGUCGGUGGUGGCGGUGGUGGCCGGGGGGGGGUCGGUGGAGCAGCCCCCCGCCUCCGAGCCCGCCUGCCCCGUGUGCCUGUGGCGGCGGCAGAGCAAAGAGCUGCGGCUGGAGAGCAUCAAGUCGCAGAUCCUGAGCAAGCUGCGGCUGAAGGAAGCGCCCAACAUCACCCGGGAGGUGGUGAAGCAGCUGCUGCCCAAGGCCCCCCCGCUCCAGCAGCUCCUGGACCUCCACGACUUCCAGGGGGACUCGCUGCAGCACGACGAGUACCUGGAGGAGGACGAGUACCACGCCACCACCGAGACCGUCAUCAGCAUGGCCCAGGAAACGGACCCGGUGGUGCAGAUCGAGGGCAACCCCCAUUGCUGCUUCUUCAACUUCAGCCCCAAGAUCAUGUUCACGAAGGUGGUGAAGGCGCAGCUCUGGGUGUACCUGCGGCCGGUCCAGCACACCCCCACCGUCUACCUGCAGAUCCUGCGCCUGAAGCCCGUCACGGACGAGGGCAGUCGCCACAUCCGCAUCCGCUCCCUCAAGAUCGACCUCAACUCCCGCCUGGGGCACUGGCAGAGCAUCGACUUCAAGCACGUGCUGCAGAACUGGUUCAAGCAGCCGCAGAACAACUGGGGCAUCGAGAUCAACGCCUUCGACCCCAACGGCAACGACCUGGCCGUCACCUCGCUGGGGCCUGGGGCAGAGGGGCUGCACCCCUUCAUGGAGCUGCGGGUCCUGGAGAACAACAAGCGCUCGCGGCGGAACCUGGGGCUGGACUGCGAUGAGCACUCGACCGAGUCCCGCUGCUGCCGCUACCCCCUGACCGUUGACUUCGAGGCCUUCGGCUGGGACUGGAUCAUCGCCCCCAAGAGAUACAAAGCCAACUACUGCUCGGGGCAGUGCGAGUACAUGUUCAUGCAGAAGUACCCCCACACCCACCUGGUGCAGCAGGCCAACCCCCGGGGCUCGGCGGGGCCCUGCUGCACCCCCACCAAGAUGUCCCCCAUCAACAUGCUCUACUUCAAUGACAAGCAGCAGAUCAUCUACGGGAAGAUCCCCGGCAUGGUGGUUGACAGAUGCGGGUGCUCCUAGAGCCCGGCUGGGGCUGCCCCUCCGCCCCACCACCCCCUCCACCACCAACUCCUCGUUUCUUCCGCUGUUUCUUGCUUUUCUUUAAGAUUUCUUUUUUUUUCGGGGGAG